AGCUCCAGAGAAGCUGAAACGAUGAAAAGUCAGGUACUGUUUCCCUUCCUGCUUUCUUUGUUUUGCGGGGCCAUCUCCCAGCCAAUCCUCUACUCCAUUCCGGAGGAGCUGGCCAAGGGCUCUCGGGUGGGGAACCUUGCCAAGGAUCUUGGGCUCAGUGUCCAGGAGUUGCCAGCUCGAAAACUACGGGUUAGUGCAGAGGAUUAUUUCAGUGUGAGUGUGGAGAGUGGGGACUUGUUAGUGAGUGGCAGGAUAGAUAGAGAGAAGAUCUGUGGAAGUAAAUUUGAGUGUGCGCUGGAAUUUGAAUCAGUCACUGAAAAUCCAAUGAAUAUUUUCCAUGUGAUUGUUGUAAUCCAAGAUAUUAAUGACAAUGCACCACAUUUCAUUGCAAAAAGCAUUGAAUUAGCAAUCUGUGAGUCAGCCUUACCAGGGGUAAAAUUCCCUCUGGAUUCUGCACAAGAUGCAGAUGUAGAAAGUAACUCAGUGAAGAUAUACACCAUCAACCCCAAUCAACAUUUCUCUCUGUCAACAAAGGAAAGUCCUGAUGGAAGUAAAUACCCAGAAUUACUGCUGGAAAAACCUUUAGACAGGGAACAUCAGAGCUCCCAUCAUUUAAUCUUGACUGCCAUUGAUGGCGGGGACCCACCUCUAAGCAGCACCACACAGAUCUCGAUCAAAGUUACUGAUGCCAAUGAUAAUGCUCCGAUGUUCAGUCAGGACAUAUAUAGAGUUACCCUCCAAGAAAACAUGCCCCCAGGAACUUCUGUGCUUCGGGUGGUGGCCACAGACCAGGAUGAGGGUGUUAAUGCAGAGAUCACCUAUGCCUUCCUCAAUGCCCCAGCAAGCACUAGCCUCCUCUUCAAUCUCAAUCCAAACACCGGCGAUAUCACAACCAAUGGUACAUUGGACUUCGAAGAAAGAAGUAGACACAUUUUGGGUGUAGAAGCCAAGGAUGGAGGAGUGCACACGGCUCACUGUAAUGUUCAGAUUGAAAUUGUUGAUGAGAAUGACAACACUCCAGAGGUGACGUUCAUAUCAUUUUCUAACCAUAUUCCAGAGGACGCAGACCUUGGAACAAUAAUAGCCCUCAUUAAAGUGACAGACAAAGACUCUGGGCAAAAUGGUCUGGUGAUGUGCUAUAUCCAGGAAGAAAUUCCCUUCAAAUUAGAAUUCACCUCCAAGAAUUAUUACAAGCUGGUCAUUCAGAAGGCCCUGAACCGGGAAGAGACCUCAGAAUACAACAUUACCUUCACAGCCACUGAUAAAGGGAAACCGUCCCUUUCCUCUAGGACAAGAGUCACCCUGCAUAUCACCGACAUCAAUGACAAUGCACCUGUUUUCCAGGAGGCCUCCUACGUGGUCCAUGUGGCAGAGAAUAAUCUGCCUGGAGCCUCAAUUGCGCAGGUCAGAGCCUCUGACCCGGAUCUGGGACUCAACGGCCAGGUCUCCUAUUCCAUCGUGGAUAGCGACCUGGAACCUAGAGCGCUGCUGUCCUACGUGUCUGUGAGCGCACAGAGCGGCGUGGUGUUCGCGCAGCGCGCCUUCGACCACGAGCAGCUGCGCGCCUUCGAACUCACUCUGCAGGCCCGCGACCAGGGCUCGCCCGCGCUCAGCGCCAACGUGAGCCUGUGCGUGCUGGUGGGAGACCGCAACGACAACGCCAGCGACCCUGGGCUCUUCAGCCUGGGGCUGCGCACGGGCGAGGUGCGCACAGCUCGCUCCUUAGGCGAUAAAGACGCUGCCCGACACCGGUUGCUGGUCGCAGUGCGCGAUGGUGGACAGCCUCCUCUUUCCGCUACUGCCACGUUGCACCUCAUUUUCGCGGAUAGCCUGCAAGAGGUCUUACCGGACCUCAGUGAAGGGCCUGCGCCCCCUGACCCUCAGGAGGAGCUGCAGUUUUACCUGGUGGUGGCCUUGGCCUUGAUCUCUGUGCUCUUCCUUCUCGCUGUGAUUCUAGCAAUUGCUGUGCACCUGAGGCACUCUUCCAGCGCAGCUUCCGGGAGGUGUUUUCAGCCUGGUCUCAGCUCUAAGUCUGGAUCUGCGAUUCACCCCAAUUACAGUGAGGGAACAAUACCCUAUUCCUACAAAAUGUGCGUUGCCUCACAAUCAGCUAAAACAGAGUUUAAUUUUCUGAACGUGACUCCGGAAGUAGCUCCGCCUCAGGAUCUUCUGUGUGGUGAUCCGUCUGUGGUUGCAUGUGCCAAUAAUGAAGAUCCCAGACUUGUUUAUGAUUCUUCUUCCUCUCACGUAAGUGCUUGCAGUCCUGUUUGA